AUGGUAGAAGAGGGCACAACCCGGGGAGAUCGUGCUCCCCAUACUGGUGGGCCACGGGGACCCCCUCACCUUCCAGCCCCACCGCAUCAUGGCAUUUCUGUGGUGGGCAAAGCAGUUUGGAGCGUGGCACGAGCAGGGAAAGGCUGGCGCUUUGAGCGGGCUGUCGGUGUGGACUGCAGCUUGCCUGAACCCCGUUGCAUUUGGUUGACCAGUUUGCAGAACGACAAUGCUGAAUGGUGGGAGAGGCAGUGGCGCUGUGCCGGUGCGGCUAUGGCUCGCCAAAAAUGCCGUGGCCGGCCCAGAAUGGACAGGAAUCUCAUGCCGAAGCUGGGCCGAAGAGAUGGUCCGGCGACGAAUGCCAACACUCCCCCUGUGGAGUCCUUCCCUUGGGUGGGGCCAAAGACGGUGGUGCUGCGCAAGAACUUGCAGGGGGGUUAUGGCUUCACCCUCCGGCAUUUCAUCGUAUACCCCCCAGAGUCAGCGGUUCAUUCCAACGUGAAGGAAGAAGAGAAUGGCAACAGAACUGGCCCCCCACGAUGCCGUCUGGAACCAAUGGACACCAUCUUUGUGAAAAGUGUGAAGGAAGAUGGGCCAGCUCACCGGGCUGGCCUCCGGACAGGGGACCGUCUUGUGAAAGUGAACGGUGAAAGCAUCAUUGGGAAAACUUACUCCCAGGUCAUUGGCCUCAUACAAAACUGUGAAGAUGCUUUGGAACUUUCUAUCAUGCCCAAAGAUGAGGAUAUUCUGCAGCUGGCGUAUUCUCAAGAUGCCUAUUUAAAGGGCAACGAGCCAUACUCUGGAGGGGCUCAGAGUAUCCCUGAGCCGCCACCUAUCUGCUACCCUCGCAAAACCUACCCGUUCCAGUCAAGGACUACACCCCGGGAUGUAUCAGCAGCUGAGACGUACCAAGGACAGCAGGCAGACAACAGACAGCCCUAUCAUUCGGGGUCCUCAGGACCAUCUUCUCCCUUGAACAGUACGGCAGCCCACAGAACGGCCCCUGCUACAUGGGCCACAACUGCACAGAACUUCAGUAGCAACCAUUCCAGUCCUGCCCACCGCACAGAGGAGAUCCAAUAUGGAAUGACUCAGAAAGAGCCUGUUACCAGACCUCUCCCAGCUUCUGGCUCCUUCUCACGCUACUCCAACAGUAGUUGUCCCAGUUCUAUAACUUCCCCCUUGCCUGAGAGGUACUACGUUCCUCCCGCUCCCUCUAUGCCCAAUCACGCCUGCUAUGGGGUCCCCAAACGCCUCCCGGACCACCGGCCUCAUGGUGGGUUGAAAGACACUUCCCAUGAGGUCCGGUCCUCCCGGGACUGCGUGGGGACUGGACUCAAAUCCGUCAGCCGUCUAGAAUGCCAACAGGCCUUGUCCAACUGGAUCUCGAACCAAGUGCCACGGCGAAGCUCCUCAGAGGAGCGCCACUGCGCCAUGCCUCCUCGCUAUCGGAGUGUAUCACAAGACCGACUGGGGGAUGCUCCAGCCUCCCAUGGUUGGCCUCAUAGUGCUUCCCAAGACACCUUAAUCCAGCCACCCACCCAUGAUAGCUGGAGUUAUCGAGCUAGGUCGGAUAACUAUCUGAUGAAAUAUGGGCAAUCCUUGGAAACUCUGGAGCAGAGUGCCUUGGUUUCUCCCAGGUAUGACAGGUGUAUGUGGCCACCAGACAGGUUUUACCGGCAUGGACAAAUCAACAGAGCUCAGCCUAGCCACCCAAGUUCCUAUGCUCCUUCUGCCUCUUCCAAGGAUCUGACUCCUGCACAUGUUCAAAAACAUCCUUCCCAACCCAACCUCCAAAGCAUUGAGGACUCUGGGUAUAUUGGUUAUAGGAGCUACAGCCCCUCCUUUCAGCGCCGGACUGGCUUGCUCCAUGCCCUUUCUUUCCGGGAUGCUACUUUUGGUGACCUUCCCACUUUUAAUAUUUCUCAGAGGCAAGGGAACCACUCGACUCCACCUUAUAUCGAGAGGCCCUUACCCACUGCCGUAAUCUCAAGUGCCCCAGCUCCUUGCCUGGACUCUCAGAUGGGCAGUAGUCCAGAGAUCCCUGUGGACCAAAGACCAGCCAAACAGGAGAACGAUGUGAGGCCUUUUGAAAGGGCUUCUCCACCUCAGGCUGCAGAACGGUUGCAGCCUCAGCCUGAGGCUGAAGAGAGGAGGGAUGAGGUGGUUCUCCGGCAAAAGCCCCCUACUGGACGCAAAGUGCCCCCUCCUGCCAGGCAGAUGAAUUUUGUCUUCCCGGAUGAUAUGAAGGAAACAGACAUUUGCGAUCCACCUCCACCGGUGCCGGUCACUGGUAAAGAGAACAAGCGGGGGGUGGCCCCGUUAGCUACACCAGAAGAUUCGCUAGCUUCCAUCCCUUUCAUUGAUGAGCCAACGAGCCCCAGCAUUGACCUGACGGCGAAACAUAUCCCCGCCUCCUCAGUUGUCUCCAGUGCCAUGAAUUCUGCCCCCGUGCUCUCAACCAGCCCCUCUUCACCCACUUUUACAUUCGCAGUCAAUCGCCAUUACUCCCAAGAUUGCAGCAACAUCAAAGCCAGUCGCCGGUCUUCCUACCUCUUAGCCAUAACCACAGAGCGCUCCAAAUCAUGUGAUGAUGGUCUGAAUACAUUUCGGGAUGAAGGGAAGCUGCUGAGGAGGUUGCCUAGCCGUGUACCAAGUCUCCGCAUGUUAAGAAGCUUCUUCACAGAUGGGUCUCUGGAUAGCCUUGGUACCUCCGAAGACACCCGGUCAAAGCGACAUUCAACCUCCGACUUGUCCGAUGUCACUUUCAGCGAUGUGAGGAAAGAGGGCUGGCUCCACUACAAACAGAUCCUCACCAAGAAAGGCAAAAAAGUUGGCAGUGGCAUCCGGCAGUGGAAGCGGGUCUUCGCUGUGCUGCGCUCGCACUCACUCUACUUGUGCAAAGACCGGCGGGAGGCUGUGGCUAGUGCCCUGCCCCCAGGUGAGGAGGAGCAGCCACCCCUCAGCGUCCGAGCGUGCCUGGUGGACAUCUCCUACAGCGACACCAAGAGGAAGCACGUCUUCCGGCUGACGACCGCUGACUUCUGUGAAUGUCUCUUUCAGGCCGAAGACCGGGAUGACAUGCUGGCCUGGAUUAAAGCCAUCAGGGAGAGCAGCAAAGCCGAGGGCGAGGACCCUGGGUUUGCAAGCCAAGCACUUAUCAAUAAGAAGCUGAACGAUUACAGGAAAGUUAGUUCUGUUGGGACCAAACCAGACUCCUCCCCGAAAGGCCCUCGUGGGCAAGGGGCGAAGCUGGAAUCACAGAAACAAACAGGAACAGGCCCUCCCCGUUCCUCACGCCAGGAUGCUAUAACACCGAGAGAUGACAGUGUUCCUCAGAAAUCCCCUUGGGGAAUCAAUAUAAUGAAGAAAAACAAGAAACCUGCUCCACGGGCUUUUGGAGUGAGGCUAGAAGACUGCCAGCCAGCUCCUGAUAACAAGAAAGUCCCCCUGAUCGUAGAAGCCUGUUGCAAAGUGGUGGAAGAUAAAGGUCUGGAAUACAUGGGCAUCUAUCGGGUCCCUGGGAACAAUGCCGUGGUGUCCAGCCUGCAGGAACAGCUUAACAAAGGCUUUGCAGAAAUCAACCUGCAGGACGAGAGGUGGCAAGAUUUGAAUGUCAUCAGCAGCCUGUUGAAAUCCUUCUUCCGGAAACUCCCAGAACCACUAUUUACAGACAGUAAAUACAACGACUUCAUUGAAGCCAACCGAAUUGAGGAUGCCAGCGAAAGGAUGAAGACCUUGCGCAAACUGAUCCGGGACUUACCAGACUAUUAUUAUGAGACGCUCAAGUUUUUGGUGGGACAUCUAAAGACAAUUGCAGACCAUUCUGAGAAAAACAAGAUGGAGCCCCGGAACCUGGCACUGGUCUUUGGCCCUACCCUUGUCAGGACAUCAGAGGACAACAUGACCGAUAUGGUCACACACAUGCCUGACCGCUACAAAAUUGUGGAGACUCUCAUACAGCAUUCAGACUGGUUUUUCAGUGAGAAGGAGGAUAAAGGCGAAACGACCCCUGUAGAUGAGCAGGAGGCCCAAUCAGUGCCGAAUAUCGAGUACCUUCUGCCCAACAUCAGGAGGACGACGGUGGCACCGGGGGACGCUUCAGAUUCGACCAAUGGUGGCUCAGCUAAAUCAAAGACUUCGUGGAGCUCACGGAAAGAGCACUGCCACAAGGAGAUGCUUGCCAUCUCCUUCAUCUCAGCCGUUGCCCACAAGAGGAAGAAGCGGAGAGAGGCCAAGCGUUUCGGGAGCAGCACUGACGACGAUUCGGAGCACGAGUCGGCAGCCAAGCCGUCCAUGCAGGGAGCUGAGGAGGAGGAGGCCAAGGAGGAGCUCAGAGAGGCCGAGAGACUACAGAGCAGCAGGGGCAGAUUUUCCAUCCCCGAUGCACAGAGCGCAGCAGAGUUCACUGCCAAAUUGGAAGCAGAGUCGGAAGAGAGGAAGGGGGCAGUGCCCCGCAGCAGUCCGGAUGCCCGCUCCAUCGUAUCAGGUUACUCCACCCUUUCCACCAUUGACCGCAGUGUGUGCUCUGAGGUGCAGUCAGUUACAGAGAGCCGUGGGGAUGAGGCAGACGAUGAGCGGAGUGAAUUCAGCCAUGUGGAGACAGACACCGAGAAUGGCUUUGGGCCAGGACAGGCUGGGAUGCUGGUACAGGGCAGGGUAGUGAUGGCGGGGGAAGGCGGGACUACUCCCCCUGACAAAGCGCCUCACAACCGGGCCUCCUUCAGCUCCCACCACCUCAUGCAGUGUGACACCUUGGCACGGCGGAAACUUUCCCGGCCCUGCCGCAACAGCGAGGGUUCCUCCAAGAGCAGCACUGAAGUCCCAAGCUCCAGUUCACCAGGCAGUCAAGAAUCUCUGCAGCCCAUGGAGGCCACGGAGAUCCAUGUCCGGCCUUCCCUCACAGAACAGCUGCGUCUCCGCCUGCGUGGCUCAACAGAUGACAUGCCAGUGGUGCACCUGCGCAAGCCACACCCGCCUGAAACACGGCGCAAGAAGAACAGCUGGAGGCGCCACACCGUGGUGGUGCCUGGUGGCCUCAAAGACCUCAAGUAUGAGUGGAGGGAACAGCAUGUAUUGGGGGUUCCUGGCGCCUGCCUGCUUGAUUCAUCAAGCAGAGAUCCCCUGAGGGACAACAAGGACUCUGGACUAAGCAGCCUGGAGUCGACAAAAGCUCGGCCUUCCUCGUCUACACUGGGAAAUGUGGCAGCUCCCGUUCAGCAGGGGGAUGGUGACCAACAGCACCGGAAGAGCAGCUCGGAGGGGCGCUCGGCUCCCCGGCGUACUGCUUCCUUGCGCUUCCACCAAUGUCUCUAGGUAGUUCCCUGUGGAAGCUGUUGCUGGAAGGCUGAGAAGGGUCUGGCCGUGCCAGGAGCCCUGACUCCAGCACGAGGAUGAAUGGGGCAACCAUGGAUACAGCCUUCCCCUGGAGCUCCCACUGGUGACCUCUGCCUGGACUUUUUUUAAUACCUCAAACUUCAGUGGAGGAAAAAGUCUCUUCACACCUCCCCUUGCUUUCUGGUGUCCUUCCCAUGGUAUUAAUUUAAUGGCACUCUUACUUUGUGACAUGUGACUUAUUUAUUCACCCUCCCCCAUCCCUCUUUCUUCCAGAGUGGAAGCUGACGUAGGUUCGGCAGGAACAGAGAGGCAGCUGGCAGGAAAGUUUUAUCUGAGUUUCGACACUGGGCAUUUGAGUGAUGACGUGAUUAACUCCCCCAUUUCCACUUUAAAUCCAUAAAUGGCUUUUGGGAAGAGAAGGGAAACAGAAGCCAGAAAUGUUCCAAGUUACCCAACAACGUCUCAUAAUUUCCAACUUUGCCUCUUUUCCACCAAACUACAUUGCCCCAUUAAUGUCCCUGCAUGCAGAGGGUUGCAGGUUCAAUCCUCAGCAUCUCCAGCUAAAAGGUUCUAGUAAUAGGUGAUAUGAAAGACAUCGAUCCCAAACCCUAGAGAGCUGCUGCCAGUUUGAGUAGACAAUACUGACCUCUAUAUACCAGUGGUCUGACUCCGUAUAAUUCAACUUCAUCUGUGCUUAACUGAAGCCCAAGUGAGAGGUGGGCUUGGAAUUCUGUUUGGAGCACCCAAUGAUUUUGUUAAAAACUUAAUUUGUCUUAGGUGCUGGACUAGAGGGAAGCUGAUUUGGUACAGAACCUCACCUCUUAGGAGAUGGGCUGGAUUUCAAACUAUCUGCUUCUUGCAUUAUUUGUCAGCUUAAAACAGUUUUGGGGAGCUGAUGUUUGCACUGUUGGGUUAAACUUGGGUGUACCUGUAAGUUUUAGCCUAAUGGAGCAAACAGUGGCUCUCCAGAUCUGUUUCAGGUUGGGAAAAAAGAAAAAAAAAUCACUGGGCGCUCCAAACAGGGAACUCAUCCAGUGUGGGUCUUGAGGAGAGACUGCUAGGGAAACUAGAGCAGGCAUGCUAUUGGAUUCACACUGGUGUGUUCAUAUGAUGAAACUCGGUUGCUGACCACUUGCACUGUGUUCGGCCUCAGAGCUCCCCUCUAUGGUGCUGCUGGUUUUCUCCCCCCACCCCCGCACCCCCGCCUUCUAAUAAUAUCCAAACUGCAGCCAGUGAUCUUAAUAUUGAGAGGUUCCAUAGAACACCCAGUGAUACACACUGACUUCCCCUAAGAUUAUUAGAAGGGGAAGCUUUUCAUUAGAUUCCUCACCUACCUUAUCUAAGCCUCUGCAAGGUUCCUCCACUGAUGGUGACCUCAGCUACCAUCCUCUUCAGUUUUAUGGCAUAUGUGCACAAGUCCCAUGGCAUGAUCUCUGCCAUGGGAUCUCUCCAACCCAAACCCACAAAACUGUAGCAAAUGCCCUCACCCAAGGCACAUGGCUUUUACCUGACUGUUCUAUUCCUGUUUGACUGAUAUCAUCCAUCCCUCCUCCCCUAAAAACCUCAGAGGCCUAUGUCACCUUAAAACCUAGCAGAUUUAUUGGCCCUAUUAUAAGAGCUUAUGUCACAAUAAACCUGUUAGUCUUUAGGAUGCCACAGGAUUCUUAGUGGUGUUUGCUGCAACAGAUUAAAACGUCUAUCCUUCCACAGUCCCAUAUUUCAUUCUGCUCUCUGUGAUGUUUUCUUCUUGGCAAACUCUUGUAUAAAAUCUGGGUGUGUUCCUUUGGUUUCACUCUUCCAGUCUACCUGGCCCACUUCAGAGUUGACUGAAGCCUUAACUAAAACACGUGCUCUCUCUCCCUCUGCUCCUUAAGGGCCUGCAGCCAUUUUGAAGCUCCACUUUCCAUUCAGCUGCUUGGAGGCAAAACUAUUUGUGACAGAACAGGCUCUCGGCUCCUGAUCUCAUAGUCUUUGUGCAAACCAUGGCUUAUGCAGUGGCUUUGGGAGGUGCACCGCAGACAUCCUCCAGUGCUCUGCAUUCCACUUCAGGUGUGUGAAAUUUGGAGUAGAGAAUAACAUGGUUAUGCAAAUUCUGCCCUUGUAAGCUCCCUGUAAGCUCCCUGCAACUUUUUUGGUGCUAAAAGUGAAUGUGUGACAAAACCAGUAAGGCCCAAGGAGUGUAAAUUUUCCCAUGGACUGCCCCACCUUUGCUCAACCCAUGAUGUAGAGACAAGUGAUUGGCACUUUGGGGUUUGUCUGGGUUGUAUGUGUUUGUGCGUGGGUGUUUGAUAGACAGCAGGCAAGCAUUUUUGAUUCCCUCUUGCUCCACGGCCCCAUGUAGACACAUUGUAAGAGCCUUUGCACUGAGAACCCCCCUCCCCCAAGAACUGUGUGCGCUCUUUGUCAGGAUUCUUUUUUUCCAGCAAUGCCGGCAACAACCAAAUCACACCACCUUGUGCUAUGCAGUUGUUCUCCAAAGUUCACACAUUUAGAAAAAGAAAUAUUUUGUUUGGUGGUUCAUGGUGCUACAGUUCGUUUUUAAACAGUGUCUUCCCCCUUCCUGGCUUCCUCAUUGUGCCAGACAGAAGGAAAUAAACCAAAAGGCCACUCGUUCGCAUGCCAGAGUAGAGUCUCCCUCAAUCUCCCACAUUUUUGAGAGAAAGGAAUCUAGCGAUGAGUUUCAGUUUCUGGACAUUAAAGCCCUCCCAUCAGCUGUCAUCUCUCUUUUUUCAAGACUCUCAUGUGCUCCUAGACACAGGCUAGAAAAACAGGAUUCUGCCCGAUCUGUAGCAUGUGAACACUGUUGUAGUGUGCAACACGGCAGAAUGACAGGGAAACUUUACUUUCAUAUUGGUAGUUCUCUGUCCAAAGCAAUUUUGCGUGAGCCUCAUCUCUGAUGGCAUCCUCAAGUACAUACGGCUUUUAUAUUGAGUUCAAAUGAAGGGCUUUGGCCUCCAUGCCCUGUCUGUUGGCCCUCAGGGGCAACAGGUUGCACACUGGAUGAGACAGGAAGCUGCACUAGAUGGAUCACUGGUCUGAUCCAGCAGGUUUCUUAUGCUCAUAUGACCCUAGAGCCCAAUUUCCAACCACUAGAAGGCCUGCUCCUCUCUAAAACCCACAAGAAACCAUCAUCCGACACUGCCCACAUGCUUUCAGGAGUCUUGGUGUGGGCUAGCUCAUACAUGCAUGUUCAUGGGUCAUUGACUACAGGAAGCUGUUGCAGCUAAAAAGCCACACAUAUUUCCCAGUGUUGAUCUGAGCACAGUGUUUACCAGGACAACUUGCAAGUCAACACAUGUUCAGAUGGGAACUCACAUGUACACAUGCUUGCUUGCGUGUGAUUAAAUCUACUCUGUAAAGAUAGUAAAAGUGCAAAUUCUGGGCCAAGUAACAUUCUUGCAGAUGUAAGCAUUAAUAUUUCAAUUCUGUUCUUUGCAACCUUUCCUUGAGAGGAUCCAGAAGAGGCAGAUGACUUGGCAAGCAUCACUAUUUUAAUUGCUUCUGAAAAGGUGCCGUGUUGAUAAAUACAAAAGAAAAGGAUUCUGCCAUGGAUUCUGCCACUUCCAUUGGGAAAAGGGCCCUGAAUAUUUGCCUUGUCAGGUUUUCCAUGCUUGAUAUCUUUUAAUGUUCAGAAACUGAUGACUCCAUAAUUUCAAGAGGGUUCAUCUGUUGUAGUAACAUUAAAAAGAAUUCAAGUGCCACAUCUAAAACUAAGGUUAUUCUAGCAGAAGCUUUCAUGACCUUAUGUAUUCAGAUGUUCUGUAGUCUUCAGAUGUAGGCUUCAAAGUUCAGAAAGCAGUGAGAUUCAGAAUGAUGUGCACAUGUGCACAUCAUCCACCUCUGGGGAUUGCUUAUUGUUACCAAAAACAGGUGCGGUCAGCACAGAGGGGACCAGCUGGAAUCUAAAAGCCGCUAAAAUGCCACUACGCCCUCCCCACCGAAUUCAACAGUUGACUGUUCCAAGGAGAUACCCAAAUUUUGUCCUAAAGGAGGCAGCACUCCUAUGUGGUGUGCCCAGGAGUGGCAGGUUUACAUUUGCAACCAGAAUCCUGUAGAAUCCAAAGUGUUAGUUUUUGUUGGAUGGUCUCUGAUUAAGAAAUUAUAGCUCCCUUUGAAAUAGCUGGGCAAAGGGUUUUUCCCCUAACCCAUCAACAUGUCCUGGUCAAGCAGCAGUUGUGAGAUGUUUGUCUCAGAAGCUAGGAAAUGCCAAGUGAAUAAAAAUAAUACCCUUUACAUAUAAAGUCAUGUGCAGAUUUAUCAAGUACCUUCUCUGUUACAUCUGCUCAAUGAAUAGUUCUAUGAUACUCAAAAGGUUACAGAGACCUAAACCUCGUCAGAUUUUCAGAACCUUUUCUGCCCUUUGAAGGGAAACUAACUCAUACAUUAAUGGAUUCCACAGGAUUUCAGCCUGUUACAAUUUUAUUAGGGCAAAAAGUGUUAGGAAACUGUUAACAUGAACGGGGGACAUAAGACAAGCAGAGUCUUCUGAGACUUUAAAAUGUCUGAAAAUGGUCUACAAUUUGUGUGACCAUCAAAUUGGCCGGAAACAAACCAACGGCCCGUUCUCUACACGGGAUGCAAAUUUUACAGCCAUUCCAUUGGGGCCUUGAACAGGAGUGGGUGGGGCGUGUCAAGGUGUGGAACGAAAACUGAACGAAACUAUUCUACUAUACAGUUAUGCAUUGUUCUGAUACUUUUAUGCAAAUAUUUUCUGUAAAAAUGUUCUUUUUCACUUUAUUUUGUAAAUAGAGUUUAAAUGUGUAACAUAUGAUAAGAGUUUAUAAGGGUUUUUUUAAAGGUUUUUUUUUUUUGCUCCUUUAAAAAACUAAAGUUAUGCAACAGUGUUGAUUUUUUUUAAAGAAAAGAAACUCUCCAGCCUGCAUGGUUUGUCUUUCCUCCCCUUCAGUCUGUUAUACAAUGUUUAAUAUGUAUACGGUCAGCCGAAGAAAGCCAGACUCUACUUUCAGAAUAGCCUCAGAAUUACAGUUCUAUAUAUAUUGGAAAUAAACUGGUUUACUCAGAGAA